UCAAACCACCUUCACUUCGAUCCAGCGCCAACACAUUCUCUUCCCCGUCGCAAAUCUGACACGACACGACACUCCUUUGAACAAAUACUGAUUCCUCCCAGCUCGGAGAACAACAACAAGCCAAACGAUCAUCAUGAGCAACUCUGUUCGAGGGAGCAACGGCGUCCAGCAAGCCAACGAGCUUGUAGACACGCCUAUGGAGUCACCAGAGAAGAUGAAGGGCAAGGGAAAGAUGGCAGAGGAGAUGAUGCCUGUGGACGAAGACGACGAAGAUGAUGAAGAGGAUGGUGACGGCGAGCCCGAGGGCGAAGGUGAAGUCGAAGAGCCUGACGAAGACAACAUGGAGGAGAUCGACACGGACAACAUCGUCGGCACGCGCACCCGCGGCAAGAAUAUCGAUUUCGCGGAAGCAGCGCAGAGACUCGCGAAAGAAGACGGUGACGAUGACGAUGAGGAAGAAGAUGAUGAAGACUUCGAAGACGAAGACGAUGCGAUGGAGGACUGAAGUUCGAGUGUUAUUGUUGCUGCUAGGCUGAACCGAUGCCCACAUUGAAGCUGCAGGUGAUGAUCCCGGCUAUGGACGACUCCCACCGACUGACAUCUGAGCGGCACAAACACCAUCCACGGUUCUAGAGACCACGGCUGACUUACCCUGAUUUCACUACAUAGGCACAGCAUUAUGCAACAACCAGCAUAGCCGAGCCGUUCGUCACUGGAUGCAGCCGAUAUUGCAUAUACAGCAUUGGGUAGCAUAACGGCGAAACGAGUAACUCUCCACAUACUGUAGUCACGAGCAAACAGCGUACUGAACCAUCUCACGUCCG